AUGGCCGAUCCAAACAGAUGUGCUGUCUGCGAAGUACCGGCUUCCUUAAAGUGCAUGGCCUGCAAACAGGUGUUCUAUUGUGGCAAAGAACACCAGAAAAUUCAUUGGAAACGGGGUCACAAAGCGGAAUGUAAAUGUUACGAGGUGGUGAAGAACGAUAUACUUGGUAGACAUCUAAGGGCGUCAAGAGACAUUAAGUGCGGAGAAAUAAUUUUGAGGGAAUCCCCCCUUAUAUAUGGACCGAAGGUGGCAUGUUCGCCACUGUGUCUGGGUUGCCAUCGUACUCUUCCUACACCAGUGGGAAAUAACUAUUAUAAAUGCAGUAAAUGUGGCUGGCCUAUGUGCGGAGCCGAUUGCGAGCAUUCACAACAUCAUGUUAACGAAUGCCAACUAAUGUCAUCGAGGAAAUUUCGCGCAAAAAUUGACUACAGCGCUCAGACCGGCCGGAAAGAAUCGGCCUACUGUGUAAUACUGCCACUGCGUUGUCUUUUGCUAAAGAAAACGAAACCAGAUGAGUUUGCCAAGUUUUCUGAAUUAGAAGAUCAUUUGGAGGAACGCAAGAAUACUCCUCUCUAUAAUGUACUAAGAGCGAACUUGGUAACGUUUGUAAGGACUAUUCUAGGUAUGAACGAAAGCGAAGAUGAGAUUUUGCGUGCGGCAGCCAUAUUGGAUACAAAUGCCUUUGAAGUGCGUCAAAAUGCGGUGGGUCGAAAGGUCAGGGCCAUAUAUCCCAUGGCAGCGAUGUUUUCUCAUGACUGUAUAUCGAACGCCCGCCACACGUUUGAUGAGAAAAUGAAUAUUGUAUUCAUAGCGAAAACUCCCAUUGGCAAAGGCCAAGUCAUUUCUACGUCAUACACUCAGCCGCUGUGGUCAACAAUAAUGCGUCGCACACAUCUAUCGCAGGCGAAGUGUUUCGAUUGCACCUGUCGUCGUUGUCGCGACGAGACGGAACUAAACACAUUUGUGGGUUCAAUAACCUGCAGUCAAUGCAAAGUGGGAAAAAUAAUUUCCACAAAUCCAAUGGAUAAUAAUGCUGGUUGGAAGUGUCAGUUGUGUGCGCACAAUCUAUCUGCAAAGCAAAUAAAUCUCGGAAACACGGCUAUUCAGAAGGAGAUUGAGUCUUUGGACAAAUCUUCUGUGAAGUCAUUUGAAGAUUUCCUGUAUCGGUAUCGAGUCACUUUGCACGAAAAGAACACCCAUAUUUUGCAAGUGAAGUAUGCUCUCUCCCAAUUAUAUGGAAAUGCGCCGAAUUUUUCUCUACACGAGAUGAAUGAUGCAGCAUUGAAGAGAAAGAUAGAACUGUGCCAGGAACUUUUGGAAAUAGCGGAUAUAGUUGACGGGGGAUGGAGUAUUUUUCGUGGAAAUUUGCUUUUAGACCUGCAGGAAGCUUUGGUUAUACAGGCAAAACGUGAAUUUCUAAAUGGUUUAUUGACGCGUGAUGCUACGCAGGAGAAACUAUUGGAGUCAAUGAACUUGUUGAAGGAAGCCAUCGACAUAAUGAAGCUGGAACCUGAUAUGAAACAGGUGUUGAACGAUCGCACACAACAGCUGGCCAGAGAAUUGGAGGCAGAUGAAUAA